AUGUCUCUAUCUCUACUACGCUAUUUAUUUCAGCGAGUAGUCAUCUUCUUUUUCCGCAGACUCGUCAAGCUGCAAUACAACACCACCGCAUCGCCAGAUGACAUCACAUACAUCCCCUCCCGAGACCCACACCGAAGUAUAAAGACUCAUGUGUAUCGACCAAGCAAGCAAGACACUACUCGCACUCCCAGUCCCAUUCCUAGUCCUACUCCAGUCUUGAUCAACUUCGUAGGCUGCGGUUAUGUCCUCCCCCUUCACGGGAUGAGCGAUAGCUUCUGUCGCGAGAUCAGCCAUCGAACAAACCACAUCGUACUAGAUGUCGAGUACAGACUUGCGCCCGAGAACCCAUUCCCAGCGCAACUUCACGAUGCAGAGGACGUGAUAAGAUGGGUUAAGACCCAACCGUCCAUCUACGAUGUCUCGCAUAUCUCCCUUUCGGGCUUUAGCUCAGGUGGUAAUCUAGCUCUUGCGACUGCCUCGAGCUUUCCCAAUGAUGCACUGCAACUUCAUUCUGUUAUCGCAUUUUAUCCACCGACCGAGCUAUAUCUUGAUCCAAAGACAUUAGUUCCUCCAGAGAUUGGUGGAAGUCCCGCGUCCCCGUUUGUUUAUGACUUGUUCUUUGGCUGUUGGCUUCCAGAUCGUCUUGAUAGGAGAGACCCGAGGAUUUCGCCUGGUCUUGCUAAUGCUGAGAGCUUCCCUGAGAAAGUGAUGAUAAUCACUACGGGAUAUGACCCGCUAGCUGCAGAAGGUGAAAGGUUAGCUGGGAAACUACGGGCGGAUCCUAAGCGACAGAUGGCGUGGGAACGGAUUGGGGGAUGUGAUCAUGGAUGGGAUGUUAUUGCGAAGCCAGGGUAUCCGGGAUGGGAGAUGAGGUGCAAAGUCUAUGACAUGGUUGUGGACAUGCUUCAAUCGUGA